CACACAAAACUCAGUACAUUUUACAUGCGGCAAUCUCAGAGUCCCACUGUCCGCUAAGUGCCUGCUUGCCGACCCAACCGACACUCAAAAUUCAAAAUUUGAACUUCCUCUCCUCCUCCUGUUCCACCAACUGAACUGAAAUCUCCAAAUUUCAAACAAACACAACUCAAACAAACCUCAGAAAAUCAAAAAUCGUCAUCUGAUCCGGUCCCAAUCCCAAAUGGCCGCCGCCAACUCUUCUGAUUCCUCGAUUCCCUCCACUCCUCCUCCACUCUCCUCCAGCAAGGAGAAUGUGACCCCGAUUGGCUCCAAGCUUGCGGAAUUGAAUGAAUCGAGGUCUGAGCUACUUGGUAGAAUUCAAGGGUUGAAGCAGGAUUUGCAAAGUUGGAGGUCGAACUUAGACACUCAAGUGAAAGUCUACCACGAUGAGCUUUCAGAACUCAAGAAAUCCCUCAACACUGAAGUGGAUCAACUUCGAUCUGAAUUUCAAGAUCUGAGGACCACUCUUCAGCAGCAGCAAGAGGAUGUUACGACUAGUCUUAGAAACUUGGGGCUGCAGGAUGUUUCAGGAGAGAAAAAAGAAGCCCAAGAUACCGAAGAACCAAAUGUUUCAACCAAGGUGGAUGAGGCCAAAGAAGGUGAAAGCUAGAUUGACUUCACCCCGGAGCAUGCGUGGCAUACGUUCAUGCCUAAGCAAAUUGUGAUUCUUCGUGAAUCUGAAAUUUGUUAUGGUGGUUUAGAUAGAAGUUGCCACAACCUUGUUGUCUUGCGUAACGCACAACUCGUUUCUGAAUCAAAUUAUGUAGUAUUAACAAUAUCCUCAGCGUAAGCAGCUUUCUAUCAGUUUUUUUCUCUCCU